AUGCAUAUACCAGAUUACUCACUACAAAACAUCACCCUAUUCUUCACAGCAAUCAUUGGUGACGGUAUUGUCGUUCUACGAGAGCUCAAGCCAACUACUAGGCUAGGUUAUUCCAAGUUUGCAUCCAACAACAACACCAUAUGGAAGAUACCAUCGCGUUGGGGAAUGCUUCUUAUCUACAUGCCAUCCGCUCUUCUAUUCCUUGUUCUUCUUACAUUGUCUUCAGCAAAGGGUCACGUCUGGAUCACCGUACUUUUAAACGCCUUUCAUUAUAUGAAGCGUAUAUAUGAGGUCCUUUUUCUACACAAGUAUUCGGGUAGCGCCUUGAUAAAGGACGUCUUGUUGAUCUCGACUUGUUAUGCAGUGCAUGCCAUGGGAUUGGUUUAUUUGACUGCUCGUGUGCCAGUGGAUCACAUUGUGCGAAAGCAAGUCACCUUUGGAGCAACAUUCUUUAUCGUUGGAGAGAUCAUGAACCAUUACCAUCAUCGUAUUCUUGCUGGACUUCGAAAAGAGAAAGAUGAUGUACCUGAACAAGGACUCUUCCCAUGGUUAUGGUGUCCACAUUAUCUUGGUGAAAUCAUUGCCUUUAUCGCCAUGGGAUUUGUGUCUCAAAAUGGGAUGACGUUUGUUCUACAGUUGGGAUCCGCUGCUUACCUUGCUGUUCGUGCACAUAAUACGAAGGCCUGGUAUGAAUCAAAGUUUCCUCAUGCAGCAACAAGAGCCGCCUUGAUACCUGGUAUUCUUUAG